CAAUUUUGUUUACAUUGCGUUUCAUACAUUUUUGUGAUUUUUGUGCAAAUUUUCACCGGCGGUUUUCUAUUAGAUUAUUGAGUUCGUUUAAAUUGAAUUUAAAAGUAUCCAUUUUUCCCUAGUGACAAUGGAAACCGUAACAGCUCAUAAUAGCGACCAUCUCGGCAAACGGUGGACCCAUCUCCGUAAGAUUCUCGAGCGCUCCGGCCCAUUCUGUCCACCCAACUUUACUGCAUCAAACGAGACCUUGGAAUUCUUGCAAAAUACUUGUAAAAUCCUAGUGAUUGGUGCUGGAGGGCUGGGAUGCGAGCUACUGAAGGAUCUAGCACUGAUGGGCUUUCGCGACAUUCACGUCAUCGAUAUGGAUACGAUCGAGCUGUCCAACUUGAAUCGACAGUUUCUGUUCCGCCGUGCGGAUAUCGGAAAAUCUAAAGCGGACUGUGCGGCUGCCUUUGUGAAUGCCAGGAUACCGGGAUGUACGGUCACGCCAUAUUUUUGCAAGAUUCAAGACUUCGAUGCCAGUUUCUACCGGCAGUUCCAUAUUAUUGUCUGUGGGUUGGAUUCGAUAGUGGCACGGCGAUGGAUCAAUGGAAUGCUGAUCUCGAUGCUAGAGUACGAGGAGGAUGGUUCAGUUGAUGAAACUUCGAUAAUACCGCUGGUGGAUGGCGGUACCGAAGGCUUCAAGGGGAACGCCAGGGUUAUUCUGCCGGGGAUGACGGCUUGCAUCGACUGUACGCUGGAUUUGUUCCCCCCGCAGGUAACUUAUCCGUUAUGCACCAUUGCCAAUACUCCUCGCUUACCGGAGCACUGCAUCGAAUAUGUCAAGAUCAUUCAGUGGCCCAAGGAAAACCCCUUCGGAAGCGACAUAGCCCUGGAUGGGGACGAUCCGCAGCAUAUUACAUGGGUGUACGAAAAAGCCCAGGAACGGGCCAAUACGUUCAACAUAACCGGUCUCUCCUAUCGACUCGUGCAGGGUGUGCUGAAAAACAUCAUUCCAGCGGUGGCCAGUACGAAUGCGGUGAUUGCGGCUGCAUGCGCAACUGAAGUUUUCAAAAUUGCGUCCAGCUGCUGCGAGCCGUUGAACAACUACAUGGUCUUCAAUGAUAGCGACGGAAUCUAUACCUACACGUACGAGGCGGAGAAGAAAUCCGAUUGUCUUGCCUGUAGUCAAGUUCCGCGCCCGGUCGAUGUGGUUGAUCCGAAUACGAUGACGCUGCAGGACUUGAUUCAACAUCUGUGCGACAGUGCUGAGUUCCAGAUGAAGAACCCGGGACUAACGGCUUCGAUCAAUGGGAAGAACAAAACCCUCUACAUGGCGACCGUCAAGAGUAUCGAGGAGGCCACCAAGGGCAAUUUGACGCAAUCACUUGGCGAGCUGGGUUUGAAAGACGGGCAUGAAAUAAUGGUUGCUGAUAUUACCAAUCCGAAUGCAAUUUUGAUUAAGCUUAGAUUUCAAAGUAAUGAAGUUGAAAUGACGUAAGGUUGAAUGUUUGAAACAUUUCUAAAAACUAACAUACAGAAGUGGUAAUAAAAAUGGAUGCUUGAAAUCGAA